AUGAAGGAGGAAUUAUCUCCACUCGGAUUUGAUCUUGUUAAAGGGGAUGUUGAUCGUGUCUUGUACCCACACCAUGUUGGACAUUAUCUCGGAUUGGAUGUUCAUGACACACAUGACAUUGAUCGUUCAAAAAUAUUGAGAAAAGGAAUGCCAGGAAUAUACGUUCCUCGUAAUAAAGCGUACCCAGAACAGUAUCACGGAAUGGGCAUACGUAUAGAAGAUAACGUGUUGGUCGGGGAAAGUGAUCCGAUCGUGUUGAGUUCUAAAAUAAAUUAA